GAGAGCUGAUAUGUGCGUGGAGUGUGACCCCUCUUUUAGUAGGCCAAGAUAUAGAAUCAAUAUAAAAAUUGGUGACGCUACAAAUACAAUGUCUGUUACACUCUUUGGCCAAUAUGCUGAGAUGAUUAUCGGUUGUCCAAUAUCAAGUAUUCAAGCGAUGACAGAUAAUGAAUUUGGAGACUACUUUCUAGAGGAGUAUCUGAGUGAACGAUUGAUGAAUACAUUCACUUUCAUACUACAUGUUCCUGAGAUAGGAAAUGAUGAUAUCAUAGUUGCAUCUGUUUUACAAGUAAGAUGGGAGGAAGAAUUCUAUUAUCUGAAACGAGAGAUGCGUGGACAAUCUAAUUGAAGACUUAGAUUCAUUUAGCAUAAUAUUUCAAGACUUUAAUUAUAUAUAUAUAUUUUUUUUUAUAUGAAUUCAACACUUGG